GUCCAAGCGGGGACGAUACGUGCAGAUUUCUUGGGAUUUCAUCAACCUCCUGUGUCCUGUGUCCCCGGAGCCGCAGCGACUUAUCCGAAGUUUAUAAAGAUAUCAAUGCAGAUUUUCCUUACCAAGUUUCAGACCGGCUGUUCAAAUGGUUAUAUCUCCUGGGAUGAUGGCCCAUUUCUAUCAUCUGAUCUGUAUUCUUCUCAUUGUUAAGCUAGACUUUGUCAGUUCAGCGGCUGCAGACUGUUUGGAAAGUGAAUUUGCGGAUGAACAAGGAAAUUGCGUCCCAUGCAAACAAUGUGGACCAGGUUACGAGCUUUCUGAGGACUGUGGCAGUGGGAGAGAAAGUCAGUGCCUGCCUUGUAGAACUGGGAGAUACAAAGAAGACCGAGGACAUCAUCACUGCCUUCGCUGUCUCAAUUGUGCAGUUAUAAACCGCAGUCUGAAAUCUAACUGCUCUUUAACUUCUAAUUCCAUUUGUGGGGAUUGUCUGCCAGGAUUUUACAGUAAAACCCGGAUAGGAGGAUUUCGUGAGCUUGAGUGCUUCCCAUGUACAGCUUACACACCUCGUUCAGAGAGUCAGUGUUACCCUAGGCCUGGGCCUGUGCAGCCUACUAGUACUACCCCUCGGGAUCCUGUACUUCUAGUGGCUAUUAUAUUGGUGGCCCUGUCAUUAAUUUUGGUUACCUUGGUGACCUUCUCAGUCAUUUGUUGCGGACGUUUUUUGAAAAGCCAAUUCCAGCGAGCUUUCCGUAGGUCACAAGAUUUAGCAGGACAACCUCAUAGAAUAAAUGAAGGACAAAGGGAGUCUGCGCAUAGCCCCCAUGGGGAGCAUCAAGGCCCUCCAUUGUGUUUUGGCUCCACGGGCAUUUCUGGACAAAUGCAAGGACCGCUGGAGGAAGGACAAGUGAUUUCAAAGAGCAUUACCUCAAAUUCCUGCACAGUUUCCACUGCAUUAUGUUCUCUGCCACCAUCUGUGGAGCUCUGUGCUAUACCCCCUCACUAUUCCCGUAGUGUAUCAGAGACUCAACCAUUGAUCCGAAAUUCAGGUUGCAGUGACUGCUUCUCUGGUUGUGGACCUUCCCCGGAUCCCAACCAGGGUGUGGUAGAACCACUCUCAACACAGACUCAUUCCUGUGCAUCAGAGAAGCAGCACUGGUUUCAUGCACCUGUUGAAUGCACUGAACUGGAUUUAGAGAACUUCUCCUCAGAAGAUGCCAGCCAGGCUCAUCCAAGAAUUGACAAGAAUUCACAUAAAGAAAGGGGGCUGCAUAUCUGUUCCUGCACCACGUCUGGCGAAUCCACCACUAAGGAUGAGAUAUGUGAUGAUCUUUUGUCUGGCUUGGAUAGUGCGACUCUAGGUCUUCCCAUCUCUCAAAUUUCUGGUUCCCUGCUUGUGGUACUUGCACAUAAACUAGACACGAUGACCCCUGGAGUGAAAGAUUUCCGGGAUAUAGGAAUUGAUUUAGGGGUUCAGCCACAUCAUGUGGAUCGCAUGACAGGAUUUACGGCAUUGCACGAUCACCUGUCCUCCAACAUCUCGUGUACACUACAGCACUUGGUGCACACUCUUCAGAGACUACAGCGCAGAGACGCCUUGGCCUUGAUUUGCUCACAUUUCAGCCAGUAGUGAUCUGCUGAUGGUUGAUUAAUCUUUCGAAAAGCUGCUUCACUCUACUUGUGGUAUCAUUUUACUACACCCACUGGAAUUACGGUAAGCCUACGACGGAUUGCAAAGGAUCCAAGGCUGCAGUAGGAAUAGUUGAAGAGCAAUUGCUGAUACCUUGGUCAGCUUCUUGGAUGACCUUGAUUCCACAAGAACUUCUGUUUCAAAGCGAUAGUCCAUGUGCUGGGUCAAGAAGAAUGCUGAACCACUUUCUUUGGAAUCAGUUCUGUGUUUUGACUGAAGAGUAAUACUCCCAACUCCUAAUGUUGCUGCAUGGAAUAAAGUCACAGUGAACAAGUAUAAAAUGAUACAAAUGAAUGUUAUUCCCUUGGGUGUUGCAUCUGAUCAGUGGUAUGAUCAUUAUCAUAUAUUAUAAUAUCACAAUGGCACAAAUGCAUAUUGGGGCAGACUUAAUUAAUCCUGUCCAGUGUAAUUUUAGACCAGUCUAAAAAUGUGCCAGAUUAAUCAAUCUAUUUAGUGGUUAACUUUUCCCCAUAAUAGUGGCGCACAAUGGUGCGUCUUAAAGAACACCUGUCACCCCUCCGGACACGUCAGUUUUAGUUAUUAUUUGCAUUCCCCAUGUAAUAUCAUUUCUGGAGCAUCUAAGCUUAUAACUCUACAUUGGGUCAUUCCUCUGUUAUCUCUACUAUGAAUGAAUUGAAAGCAGCUUGCCGUAAAGGUACAGUUGGGUGCUACCAGUUGGGGGGGUGUCCUUGCACAGUCUGACACUGACAGCACUGAUUGGACAGAGUCAAAUAUACCCGCUACUGGUAACACCCAGCAGUAUCUUUACUGCACACUGCUCGCAAUGUAUCUGUAAACUUCUAGCAGGAAUAAUAAAGGAAUGGCACAAUGUAUAAUACUC